AUGUUCGGCGAUAUCAAGACAGCGUUGACAAAGAAGCGCAACAAGCCGCGCCUGCUCCUCGCCCUUUACGCGCGGCCCAAGUACCCCGAUGCCCCCCACUAUGCGCUGCUGGUUACCCCGAAUAUCAAACUCGGGGCUCACAAACUAGGAGCGGACCCAGAGUCCAUCGCAGCGACCAAAUACCAUAUCAAAAACACCCUCCAGAAAGUCAAAGAUGUGCUCUGCCAGCCAUGGGUUUAUGAACAUGUUGACGUACCCAACCUAGAUCGGGACCACAAUAUUCUCGUGUGUACAGUCAUUGCAAAGGUCCUGUCGACGGAAAGCCUAGAGAGGAUCAUGACGAAAACCUACAUCUACUAA